AUGGCUGACGAAUUACCAUUUUUAGACUCUCCAACAUAUAAGUGGAUUUUUGUUGGCGGAAAAGGUGGUGUUGGUAAAACAUCAACAUCAUGCUCAAUUGCUGUCGCUUUAGCCAAAAAGCGCAAUAGAGUUUUAUUAAUUUCUACAGAUCCAGCAUCAAACAUCGGUGAUUCUUUCCAGCAGCAUUUCACAAGUGAACCAACUCUUGUCAAUGGUUUCACGAAUCUUUGGGCUAUGGAAGGUCUAAAUGAAACACUUGAUUCCCAGCUCCAAGAACUCAUUUCUUUUCCUGGUAUUGAUGAGAUUACAGUUCUUGCAUCAUUAUUCAAAUCAGUCGAAAAAGACGAUUUUGAUGUUGUAAUUUUUGAUACAGCACCAACUGGACAUACUAUGAAAUUACUUAAACUUCCAUCAACAGCUGAUUCAAUACUAAACAUUAUACCAUCUAUUUCUUCAAUUGCUCCAAUGAUUAUGGGUGGUAAUGCAGAUUUUGGAAACCAGUUCAAUAAAUUCAAGGUUCUUUUAGAUGAUGCACAAAAGAGACUGACAAAUCCUAAAGAAUGCACUUUCGUUUGCGUUUUAUUACCUGAAUUCCUUCCUCUCUACGAAACUGAAAGAUUAGUUACAUUCUUAUUUGAAAAUAACAUUGAAUCACAUUGCUUAGUCGUUAACCAAGUUCUUCAGAAAGAAAAUGUUGGAAAAUGUCCAAUUUGCACAAAAAGAUACAAUAGCCAACAGAAAUACCUCCACGAUAUUCAGGAAUUAUAUGGUGAUGAAUUCCGCAUUGUUCAAGUACCAAUUCAGGAAGAAGAAGUUAAAGGAAUUAACGCUAUCAAGCAUUUCUCUGAAUUUAUCUCUCCAAUCAUAUCUCCCCAAUAA